GUUCUGAUCCAAAAGCGGAGGAGCAGCGUGCGCUGGCGAAGCUUCUGCAAUCCUCGCCUCCUGGGCGCGCUGGGGCUGGAGGCUCUCGGCGCUCAGCCCCUGUACCCAGCGCCGCCUCCGCUGCAGGUCGGGAGCGCGCGUCUCCGCCGCACCGCGGCGCCGGGAGCGAUCGCCCAGCCCAGGCGGCGAAGGCGGCAGCUCCUGAGCUCACGCACGUUGGAGGAGCUGUGAUCCCGCCGAGCCCGCGGCCAGGGCGCGACACCGGUAAUCCAACCCGGGGCGGGACGCGGCCGAGCAAAGCCGGGGCGCAGGGCGCGGGGCGCGGGGCGCGGGACGCGGGACGCGGGACGCGUGCGGUUCUGGCCAAGGCAGCAGGGCUCCCUUGGCCCGCGGAUGUGCGUGUGUCCCGCUGGAGGGCGUCGGCAAAAGCUCGAGGCAGCGGCGCUCUGGGCUCAGGUGGGCUUCGCGGCUCGGCCCCCGCGGCCAGGUCACAGCGCAGGCGCGUGUCCCCUGCUGUAGGCACGGUUCUGACAAUAAACCCUGACCUGACAGACAAAUAUCCCAUGGCAGCAGGCGCCGCCGCUUCAGCAGCCGAGGUGGAGAGUGGCGUCCGAGUGCUCAUGGAAGCGGCAAACCAGUUUAACAAGGAGCGGCUGAUGGAGUUGCAGGAGGCCGUGCGGUGGACCGAGAUGAUCAGAGCAUCCCGAGAGCACCCGUCUGUGCAGGAGAAGAAGAAGUCCACCAUCUGGCAGUUCUUCAGCCGCCUCUUCAGCUCCUCCUCCAGUCCACCUCCUGCCAAGCGGUCGUACCCAUCAGUGAACAUACACUAUAAGUCACCCACCACUGCUGGCUUCAGCCAGCGCCGCAAUCACGCCAUGUGCCAGAUCUCAGCUGGCAGCCGGCCCCUGGAGUUCUUCCCUGAUGAUGACUGCACAUCUUCCGCCCGGCGGGAACAGAAGCGCGAGCAGUACCGCCAGGUGCGCGAGCAUGUGCGCAACGAUGAUGGGAGGCUGCAGGCCUGCGGUUGGAGUCUGCCUGCAAAGUACAAGCAGCUGAGCCCCAAUGGGGGCCAGGAGGAUACACGGAUGAAGAAUGUUCCUGUCCCUGUGUAUUGUCGUCCUCUGGUGGAGAAGGACCCCACCAUGAAGUUGUGGUGUGCCGCCGGUGUCAACCUGAGUGGGUGGAAACCAAGUGAGGAAGACUCUGGCAAUGGAGUCAAGCCAGCUCCAGGCCGAGACCCUCUGACCUGUGACAAAGAAGUGGAAAGCGAGCCCAAGAGCAACCACACAUCACCUGAGAAGAAGAAGGCCAAAGAGGUCCCCGAGAUGGAUGCCACCUCCAGCCGGGUGUGGAUCCUCACCAGCACCCUGACCACCAGCAAGGUGGUGAUCAUUGAUGCCAACCAGCCAGGCACUGUCGUGGAUCAGUUCACAGUCUGCAACGCCCAUGUUCUGUGCAUCUCUAGCAUCCCUGCGGCCAGUGACAGCGACUACCCCCCAGGGGAGAUGUUCCUAGACAGCAACAUGAACCCCGAGGACUCCGGCACAGACGGCGUGCUGGCCGGCAUCACCCUGGUUGGGUGUGCCACCCGCUGCAAUGUGCCACGUAGCAACUGCUCCUCCCGAGGGGACACCCCAGUACUGGACAAGGGGCAGGGAGAGGUGGCUUCUGCUGCCAAUGGGAAGGUCAACCCAUCCCAGUCCACAGAAGAAGCCACAGAAGCUACAGAGGUACCAGACCCUGGGCCCAGUGAGCCACAGGCAUCUGCAACACGACCUGGACCCCUCACAGAGCAUGUCUUCACUGACCUGGUGCCCACUCCGUCCUCCAGCACUCAGCCUGGCAGUGAGAACGGGCCAGAGCCAGAGGUCAGUAGUGUGCCACCACAGCUGGAGCCCAGUGGGGAGCCCUCAGCAGCAAGCAGCAGUGCCGCACCCACCAUGUGGCUGGGAGCCCAAAAUGGCUGGCUCUACGUGCACUCGGCAGUGGCCAGCUGGAAGAAAUGCCUGCACUCCAUUAAGCUGAAGGACUCUGUGCUGAGCUUGGUGCAUGUCAAAGGCCGUGUGCUGGUGGCUCUGGCAGAUGGGACUCUGGCCAUCUUCCACCGAGGCGAGGACGGCCAGUGGGACCUGAGCAACUACCACCUGAUGGACUUGGGCCACCCACACCACUCCAUCCGCUGCAUGGCUGUUGUGUAUGACCGCGUCUGGUGUGGUUACAAGAACAAGGUGCACGUCAUCCAGCCCAAGACGAUGCAGAUCGAGAAGUCAUUUGAUGCCCACCCAAGGCGAGAGAGCCAGGUUCGACAGCUGGCAUGGAUCGGUGACGGUGUAUGGGUGUCCAUUCGCUUGGACUCCACCCUGCGGCUCUACCAUGCUCACACCCACCAGCACCUGCAGGAUGUGGACAUUGAGCCCUAUGUUAGCAAGAUGCUGGGCACUGGCAAGCUGGGCUUCUCCUUUGUGCGCAUCACUGCCCUACUCAUUGCGGGCAACCGCCUCUGGGUGGGCACUGGCAAUGGAGUCGUCAUCUCCAUCCCCCUGACAGAGACUGUGGUCCUGCAUCGAGGCCAGCUCCUAGGGCUCCGAGCCAACAAGACAUCCCCCACAUCUGGGGAGGGCGCUCGCCCAGGGGGCGUCAUCCACGUGUAUGGGGAUGACAGCAGUGACAAGUCAGCCAGCAGCUUCAUCCCCUACUGCUCCAUGGCCCAAGCUCAGCUCUGCUUCCAUGGGCACCGUGACGCGGUCAAAUUCUUCGUCUCGGUGCCAGGGAACGUGCUGGCCACCCUCAAUGGCAGUGUGCUGGACAGCCCAUCAGAGGGCCCGGGACCUGCUAUGCCUGUUGCAGACACUGAGGGCCAGAAGCUGAAGAACGCACUAGUGCUGAGUGGUGGUGAGGGGUACAUCGACUUCCGCAUAGGGGACGGAGAAGAUGACGAGACGGAGGAAGGUGCGGGGGACGUGAGCCAGGUGAAGCCUGUGCUAUCCAAGGCCGAGCGUAGCCACAUCAUCGUGUGGCAGGUGUCCUACACCCCUGAGUGAGGCCCUGCCCUGCCUAAUGCCAGUCUGUACAUAGGACCCCUGCCCGCCUGUCCCCCCUGCCUGUCCCCUGGGCAGCCAGGUGCCUGUCCGCCCCCCUCUAACCUCUCAACUUGCAGCUUUCACCUGAGGUCCGGCACCCCUAGCUGGCCGGGAGGGGGUGAUGCAGGUCCUUGGGAGGGGGGCAGGAGUGGGAGGCAUUCCCAUCAGGGAGGAGGGAGACCCUCUGCAACACCCUCUCCCCAGCAGCUCCUGGACGACACCCAGCCCAACCUCCUCAAGUCCCAGGGGCAUCUCAGGGCCAGGGCAAGGUGGAACACUGAGGUGGCUAUGGGAAGGCCCUGCAGGGAGCCCUGACCACCAGAGGCUCCCCUCUCCUUAUAGGAGCAAGGACGCCUCAUCACUUGGUCUUCCCAAGUCCAUGUGCUUUGCAUGCUGCCCUGGGGUGGGGGUGCUGGCUUCUAGGCCCUUGCUCCCUGGGGGACCUAGACCCAGCCACCAUCCUCUGCCCAGGAAGGUGGAGGCUCAGGCUGCCCAGGUGCCUGGACCCAAGCCAGCCUUCUCUAGGCUUUCCCCAUCCCCAAGCCUAUUCCCUCAGCCCCAACCUGGGCCUUGCUGGGGAUCUGGCUUAAAGCUUGGGCCAGGCCCCCUGGGGCAGCUGCUUCAGAAGAUGAACCAGACAUCUCUUAUCCUGCUGGAGCACGAGGUCAUCCAGUCCCUCACUGACCCGUGUUUCCAGGUUCUGCCUGGGCACAAAGCCUCACCUUGGAGGAGCAGAACCCUGGCACCCUGCCCCUCCCAGAAGCCCCUAGGGUGGAAUUUCUCAGGCUGCCAGGGCAGGCCCAGGCCUCAGGAAGAAGGGGAAGGCCCUGACCUCCCCUGGGUCAAUUCUAGGAUGCAGGCUUAGCCUCAGGGUGAUGGGGGAUUGGAGUGCUCCUGUGGCCUGCUUCCUGCACAGGGCUCCAUGGAGCCCAGCUCCCAGACACGUACUAAGUGCCUAGGGUUGCCUGAAGUGGCCUGCUUCUUUGGAGAGCAACUGAUAAGAGGCUGCCAGAAGGUCUGAGGAUGGGGCUAGGGUAGCCUGGCUCUAGAUAGGUGUACAGGGCAGGUGGUGCCCUGGGCUGCCCUUAGCUGGCCUCCCCAACCUUCCAGGGCCCAGGCCUUACUCCUGCUCCAGGGGCACUGAUCAAGGCAGCUGGGCCCACUGCCCACUGCCCGCCCUCUCCCACCAGAGAAGCACAGAUCUCGGGGAGCUGUCCCACAAGCCCAGCUGCCACUGCAAGCUGCAGGCUUCUCCCCACCACCCUGCCAUUCUCCACUGUGAUGUAUGUCCCUUGUCUGUUCCCACAGGAGUGUGAAGUGACUGGGGGUUAGCUGGGUGGGUGCAGCUGGAGGAAGGGGCCGGGUGCGAUUCUCCUCAGGCUUUGGCCCUGCAAGUGAACCCACAUAUCUGCUCUGUAUGUAAUAAAUGUCUUA